GGAUGUCUCAUCUCGCUGUACGUUAACUUGUUGGAAAAUUUGAAGUUGGAAAGUCUCGGUAGACAGCAACAGUAAGCCCGGAAAUAGGGCGGGACCUCGGCUCCCAUGAUGGCAGUUAAGUCGUUUGCAGCGUCAGGUACUGCGUUAGUUGAAUUAGUUGGACUUUGAGGAAGUAAGUGAGGGUAACUUGUGUAGUAACAGGUGUAAGGAAAAUGUAGGCCAUUAGCGGACGCAUUGGCCUUUUAUUUUUACAGUUGUAUUUCUGCAUAUGGGACGAUAUUUCUAAACUUUAUGUUGUAGUUUAUGCUAGCUAGCUAACCAAGCUAACGCCGACGUCUCAACUCAAACUCUGUCAACUUUUUUGAGCAGACACCGACUGUUUAUCCAAAUGGAGGAGUGUCUUCGUUCGCCCAAAAUGUCUCGAUAAAUGUUUUCACUCAAGGGCGUUUGGGAUUAACUCGGCUAAGGGCUGACCAAAAACUUUCCUGACAGCUUGCUUUUGGAUUUUUUCCCCGGUGGCAGCAGAAAAACACUGGUUCAUUAACUUUAUGAACGUCGACAACAAAAAGCGGAUAUAAACAAUGUUCUCUGCCAAAGCUACAAAACCCACUUUUAGGAGUUAUCUUCCUCCUGUUCAGACUGAUGUGAAGACAACUGUUACACCAUCUAUUAAAAAGUUGGAGCCCACGUUACUUCCUGGAGAGAUCGUAGUUAACGAGGCUCUCUUUGUGAAAAAGUGCAUCAGCACUGAGAGCAGCCAGAACGACCUCUGGGGGAAGUUGAUAUGCACCAACUUUAAGGUCUCCUUCAUUCCUCAAGAUGCUCCACCUAAGAAGCAGAAGUCCCAUAUGUCACACCUGUUGCUUGGAGAGCAUGACAUCCCCCUGACCUGUCUGGACCAAGUAGUUACAGUUAAUGACACAAAGGGAAAGAAGAAAGUCUUGGGCUCCAACCAGAAACUAAAAUUCGACCCCACAGAGCUUAUUCUUUACUGCAAAGAUUGGCGUAUAAUACGCUUCUGCUUUCAUGAGGCUGCGCCCGAGACCUCCAAAAAAGUUUGCCUUGCUAUUGCCCACUAUUCCCAUCCAGCCGAUCUUCAGCUACUGUUUGGCUUUGAGUAUCAAGGGCAGCGAUACCAUCAAUCUAAAGAAGAACAGGUCAAUGGUUCAAACAAAAGAGGAGGAUUACAGACACCUACUUUUAACCGCUCAUCUGACUGGGAUCGGGAAAUCAAGAGAACCGGUGCUUAUGGGUGGAGGGUCUGCUCCAUCAAUGAACAUAAUGGCUUCUGUUCAAGCCUUCCAGAGCACUUUGUGGUUCCAGUUCAUUUGACAGAUCAAGAUCUAAAGCAGUUUGCUCCAUUCUUUAUUGAUGGUCGCCUCCCUAUAUGGUGCUGGAAUCACCCCAAUGGCAGUGCUCUUGUCCGCAUGUCCAAUAUAACUGAACAAACAAGUCCGAGGAAGGUUGAUCAAAAAAUUUUCAAUGCAAUCAAGAAAAGCCACCCACAGAGCGGCGAACUGGCCUUGAUAGAGGUGGAUAAAAAUGUGCCUAAUAUCCAGGACAUCCAAGCUGCGUUUGUUAAACUCAAGCAGCUCUGCAUCUUAGAUCCUUUUGAGGAGACGGAAGAGAAAUGGCUUACAUGCCUUGAAAACACACGAUGGCUGGAAUACGUCAGGAUGUUUUUAAAACAAGCAGCAGAAGUCGUGUACUACUUGGAUGGAAAGAAUGCCUCUGUUGUUCUCCAUGAGGAAGAAGACCGRGAUGUCAACUGUGUGGUGUCCUCAUUGGUUCAAAUCAUGUUGGACCCUUACUACCGCACUCUGAUUGGCUUUCAGAGUUUGGUGCAGAAGGAGUGGGUGAUGGCUGGCCAUCGCUUCUUGGAAAGAUGCAACCAUCUGAAAAAAAAUGACAAAGAGGAGUCCCCACUGUUCACGUUGUUCCUGGACUGCGUGUGGCAGAUGAUGAACCAGUACCCAGUGGCGUUUGAGUUCUCAGAGGCCUAUCUGAUAGUACUGAAUGACAGCAUGUGGGUCCCACUCUUCAGUACUUUUCUCUUCAGUUCUCCUAAACAUCGCGCUCAGGCCUUGAUGGAGUUUGUCAAGAAUAAAGCCAUCCCUCAAGGAGAAGACCCGAGUGUGUUUUUCCCUCCUGUUUGGGAGUGGUCACAGCAGUUCUCCAACAAAGAUCAAGCCCUGUUUACCAACCUCCUCUUUGUUGGCAGAGGACCUGCCUCUGUACAGAAAGGAGAAGUGAAAAGUUACAGGCGCAUGAAGAAAACCUACAGUUCCUCAGUACGAGCAACAACCAUGUCACAGCAGAAUGGACAAAGGGGUAAAGAGGACACUUUGUACCGGCGGAGUUCUCUGAGCUCAGAGCUAAAGGCUGAAUUCUCCACAGUGAAAGAUGAAAGCCCAUCAGAACGCUACUUCAGGGACUGGUUUUCUCGACCCGUUAACCUGCAGGGUCUCCUGAUUCCCUUGCUCCUGCCUACACAUGUGGUUCUCUGGAAGCUCUUCUUUCUUCGCUGGGUUCCCGAAUCCUGUAUUCCCAAAGGAGGCCCUGCUGCGUACUACAACAGGCUUUCCCAGUUGGCCAAUGAGAUCGAGACACUGCAGAACAAAGUCAGGCAGUACAAAGGACCCCUUACAGAGAACAGUCCACCUCCAAUCCCAAGUGGACCCCCUUCGGACCAAAGAAGUCUGUAUUUAAAGGCAAGUUCUCCGGAGAGUCCACCUACAGAUCCAGAGCUCUUAACCUCCUCCUUUCCUUACAGCCCUGAGGGAAAUCUGUGCUGGCGAAGUGUCCAAGGAACUCCCAUUAGCAAGUUUCUGAGUGGGGCAAAGACCUGGCUCUCUACGGAGACUCUUACUAAUGACACUUACUGAAGAUAGUAGCUUUCAUAUUUCCACUUCUCAUUAUAUUACUUUCUUAAACCUCUCUUCAGUUCCAACAUAAACAAAUUAACUGUAAAUGGCUUGUUUGAACUUCUGGUUUAAAAUGAUGUGUAUGCUAGACUGUGGACCAUUGAGGCUGCUUCCAAAUCUGAGAUUGUUUCUAAUUUGAAGUAUCACUUUUAGGACAGAAUCAUCUGUUUAUAUUUGAGGAAUUUACAUUUUUUUAAAUCACUUMCUUCUUACUCACCUGUGUUAUCUUUAGAGUCAGAGUUUAUCUGCUUGAAAUUAAAUGUGGAAAAUUAGGAAUCAUCCUUUUUUUUCCCUCGCAGCAGGAGUGAUGCAAUUCACCAAGCGUUGAUUUUCAAAAGGUUGUUUUUCUUAGUCUCCUAAUAGGACUUGUGAUACUUCUUUCUGCUUCUUUCCUCUGUACAUUUUAAAAAGAGAAAAACAAGCAAACUCACAAGAAUUCUACCAUGUAUUAGAGGUGGAGGAUAUCUGGCUUAGUUGACUGUAACAGGCUCUCUUCUCUUUUACAGACCUGUGGUUUGCUCUAGAUGCCCAAAUCUUAAUGAUUUGUUUUAAUAUAAGUAGCAAAUGGUGUGGUGUCAGGGUCUAACUUUAUAGGUUUUGUUUGAAGCUUAAUAUACUGAGGCAGGGCAGAGCUGCAAGGACUUGAGUCUGUGGUAGAUAUAGUCUCUUCUGCUUUGAUGGGGUUUUGRUAAAUGUUUAUAGAGGCCUUCUGGUAAGGCACUGAGGCAAAAACUGUUCACAUGAACAGCAGCUGAUUUAAAAAAAAAAAAGGGACAAAUUCUUUGAGAUUUAUGAGUUCCAUAUUUGGAGAAUUAAAUUUCAGACAGUAACGUUCCUGUUUCAAUGAGGAGGACAUGGUUUCCAGACAGCACCUUAAUAAGUCCUCAAACGCACAGUCUCUGCAAUGCUGUGUCAGAAUCAUAAGAAUACUAAUUAAGGGAAUUUAUGGUCGAGCAUGAAAAGCAUUAACUGUAUACAAUGAGCAUCAUUUAUCAGGAUUUUCUUUAACAUUUUUUGUUUAAUUUAAAGUAAUGAUUAAGACAAAACCAGCUGAAGUUCAAGUUUUUCUCAGGCAGAUUAAACUAAGCUUCAAAGAUGUUCCUAGCUAUUAUUAAAACUAUUAAAGAAAUGUAUUUGUAUGUAGACCCCAAAAAAUUACCACCUGCUUAACAUACAACCAGCUAAUUAAGAGACUGGAGACACAUCUGGAAAAAACUUAUCAGAAACUAUAACUGUAAUCUGUCUAAGACAAAAAAAAAUGUUAGGUAAUAAAAUGAUGAUGAAAAGAACUGCGUUUAGGAACACAGCAGAUUUUGUCUCUUUACAAAGAUGCUUCAAUCCUGUGAUGAUAGAUUGACCAGCAAACUUGUAAAYCUUUGGCAAUAACUAAACCAGAUGUGUCUUAGUGUUGUGUGUAAUGUGAGUGUAAACCUGCUCUCCCAAAAGCUAAUAAUUGCACAUUUUACCCAGAAUAUGGGAUACAAUAUUUUUAAGACUUGUUGAAUAUAAUAUUGGCAAAAACUAUAAAUACUGUAUAUGAGUGAAAUCUUUCAGUUUGUAAUUUUGAUUAAUGGUACUAAAUAACUUUUAUCUUGGAUUUAGUCCUUUUAUAUUUUAUAAAAAUUAUUAAUAUUUAUAUACUGUGGUUUUCCAGUGAUAUAUAAUGUUGAACUCUGCUGUAAAUGUAUGAUGGCUGUUCCUACUUUUGUGGCACAGUUUGAUUUUGAUGAUCAGCAGAAGUAUUUAUUCUUUCAUGCAAAUGUUUUCUAAGAGGGAUACAGUUUCUACUUCUCAUCCUCUGUGCCUUUUUGGAUAUAUUGACUGUUUUUAUGACUGUAUUCUACAUCUGAUGGCUUAAUUUUGUUUGUUUGUUUUUUUUUAACUGGUGGCAUUUAAGGAAUCUGUAAAUUAAUAAAAUUCAGGGGGACUGCACUGAAACUGUUUUUGCUAACAGAACAUGUAUAGUAACAAAUCAAUACAUUAGUUUUCAAAUUAAA